CAUGUCUCAAUAAUAGCAGAAUUUAUCAAGUUUUUUAGAACACAAUUUGGAUCCCAUAACAAGUAGAUAUAUAAUGGGAAAGUACUUAAUGAUGGAUGGAGGUGAGUAAUCUCUAGAUUUGAGGCAUAUGUGUGAUAAUGUAAAAUUGGAAAUGCAAUUAAUUGAAAAGGAAGCAGCAUAUGACUAUUUAAAAGUAUCUAUUUGAAAAUACAAAAGGUUGAAAAAGAGAUGUAUGAGUUGGAUGGUGAAAUAGAGAAGAGCGAUGCUAUUCUAGGAGAGUUAGAGAAUGUUUUACUUAAUUUCAAGGAUUAUUUGAAUGAUAUUAAAUCAGAAAUGACAUAAUUGCAAGAGAGAAGUGUUAAGAUGAAUACUUCAUUGACAAACAGAAAAGCAUUAUCGUAGAUAUUAUCUAGUUUUGUUGAUUAAGCUGUAUUGGAUCCUUCUUUAAUUGAUAAUAUAUGCAGUAAAGAGAUUAAUGAUUAAUAUGUGGAAUACAUCAGAAUAUUAUGCUCAAAAUUAGAAUACUUGAAAAACACUGAGUUAACCGAUGCAAAUGCAGUCAAGAAUCUAGGGCCAGAACUAAUUAAGUUAAAAAAUACGGCUUGUAAAAGAGUAAGAGAAUUUAUGAUAGAUAAAUUAAAUCAAUUAAAGAAACCAAAAAUAAACAUUCAAUAAUAUUAAAUUUAGGAAUUGGUUAAGUACAAGAUAUUCACAGAAUUCAUGAAGGAUCAUUAUUUAGAUAUUUAUGUGGAGUUAUGUAAUCUAUAUACAGAUGCUAUGAGUAAAUUGUACUUGAGCAAUAUGAAAGUCUACGUUGCAGAAAUACAUAAAUUAACAAUUGAUGUUUAUUUACGCAAUGAUCUAAUUGUACCUGAUAGUCAAUAGAAUUAUAGACCAUAGUUGAAUUUAAGAAAUGUAGUAGGAUUAACUAUUGAAAAUAGAUCCAUAUUUCAGUUGAUGAAUCGUGAUUAAAUACUAUAAUUCAUGGAUGAGGAACCUUUAUUACAUACUCAAUUGAAUCAGAAAAAUUAAAAAAUCCUAAUUGAAUAAUACUUUAAAACAAUCAAUAAGGUUUUGAUUGAUACUGUAUUACAUGAAGACAGAUUUAGUUAGGACUUCUUUAGUUUGAAACCUGAUUAAAACAGACUUAUUUUUAGUGGGGUGUUUAAGAAUACUAUUCAAUUUGUAUUGGAUCAUUUAAAAUAGACUGUGAGCAUAUUUGAUAUAUAUGCAUUUUUAUUAAUCAUAUUAUUAAAUGAGAGAUUUUAGAAGCAUAUGCACUCUAAGAACUCACAUGUAUUGGAUUUUUACUUUGAAUAAGUGAAUAUGAUAUUGUGGCCAAAGUUUGAGUAAGUGUUUGAUACUCACAUCCAAAGCAUUUAGAGUACUAAUGUGAGAUUGUAUAGAUCAUUGGAAAAGUAUUAUGGAUUUCGUAGUUUUGUAAUGAGAUACAUAGAUCUAACAUUAUCAUUAUAUAAAUUAUAUGCAUAUUUUGAGGAUAACAAAAUGAUUGUGAGCAGAAUUAAUCAAUUGAGAUUAAGAUAUUUUGAUUUAAUAAAGAGAACUGGAGCAGAAUUUGAGAUUGAAGUCGAUAGAAUAACAUAUACCUUAUCAGUCUAUGAAAUGAUUGUUACAGCAUACAAUACAGCCUAAAUGACCACAUACAAAAAGGAAUUUUCAGAAGAGACUUUGUUCUUGGAGAAAGAGACAAACAAGUUUAGUGAGAAGUUAAUUGAAAUCUACUUGAAGGAGUUGUUUGGGAAUCUUGUGGAUUUCAUAUAGAAAUAUGCAAAGGAGGAAAGUGAAUUGGAACUGAACCUCUAUGAUAAUAAAUAGUAAUCAGAAAUUAGGGUUGUUGAAAAAGUAUAGAAUCUUAAUUAAGUGGAUAAUAAGAAAUUGAUAGAAAAUAUAAGUUAAGUAUAAUGAUCAUUAUAUAAAUCAAUAGGAUGUGAAUCUAUCCUGGAACAAGAGAGUUGAUGUCUUCAGAUUAGAAUGCGAAAAACAUUUCUAAGGUACUAAUUUAAUGAAGAGUUUGUUAAAGAAGUUCCUGUAAACUUUUAUGGCUUAUUAUAAUGCAUUUUAUAAAUAUGCCAAAGCUAAUCAUCCUAUGUAUGUGGCCAAUUUGACUCAAGUAACAACAAUUAUGAAAGAAAUUAAAGCAAUUCAAACAAAAUAUAAUAUGUGAAUUUAUUGAUAAAUAUCCGG